CUUCCCAGACCCAGAGCUGCAGCUCUGGGCAGGAACCUAUCUUUAUAGAAUACAUGGUAGGUACCAAACGGAUGUUAUCAAAUGAAUGGUAAUUAACUGUACAUAUUGGUCCCAGUUUAUAUAGGAGGAAAGAGAUCAUAAUCCACAAAAAUUUGCAAGGUAACAAGGGGAAAAGAGGCGCGAGGCCAUUUUAGCCCACCUCAGUCUUCAUAGAAAGCAGAGCACAUUCCAGGGCUAAAGUAAAAAUGUAUAUUGGCCUUUGCUAAGAAAGAGAUGAAAAGUGACAGCACCAUCAAAUGGGGGUCUGUAAAUUAGUCUGGCUAUAUGUAAAAUGUUCACAGGCUCGGGCUCUUAAGCACCCGGGGUGUGCUGCUUCCUCAGCCUGAGAAUGAAUGAGACACAACAUCACACUGGUCAGCGACAGCUCUAAGCUGAGACUGUUGUAAGUUCACGUAAGGGGCUGUUGACCUACCCGUGUAACUAGUAACAAGGACUUAUUUCUCAGGGCCCAACGGCAGCGCGGGGUCCAAUUAACAAGCUCGAAGGCCAAAUCUAGGCGUUGAUCCAAAUAAAAGUCCUGCAGACCCACAACUCAUCGGGGACAAUAUCCUCACACCGUGCGUGACUCAAGGGGUUCUGCUCGCACCCCGAACUUCCAGGCUGAGCGCGCGGGGGAAACGUGCUCGCCUCUGGCUUGCCCCUGGCUACGGUGCGCCCCGACUCUCCCUGCAGGAAGCUCGGGCAACCAGGACGUCCCGGCGGAUCCCCCACCCCGCCACCCCCUCGGCUUUCUCUUCCUCCUUCUCCGGCCCCUCGCCUCCCGCCGCCUGCCUCUGCGGCCGCCGCCUGCGGCUUUGUUUUCCUCCCAGGUUUCAGUCCCCACACGUGAUACAGUGUUAUUGCAAAGAGCGCUCCGGAGCGCGAGCGCGGGGCGCGCGCACCUAUAAAUACGGACACCCAGGCCCGCCGCGGGAGCACCCCGGGGCCGGAACCAGCAGGCAGCCGGUCGGCCGGAGAGCAAGCGAGCGAGCGGCGCGCGCGGGCCGGGGCGGCGGCGUCCCCCGCCCGAGCACCGAGGGGCGAGCAUGGCCCGCCCGCGGGGGGGCCGGGCCGCCACGCCGCCAGCGCCCCGCGCCCUGCCCAGCCCGGGUCGCCGGCGCUCGCGCCCGCGGCUUAGCACUCGGGCGCCGCUAGCUUGUCGGGGCAUCGCAGAAAUAUCGCCGCAGACGGACACAAUGGCGGCGGCUGCAGCCACCCCCAGCGCGGCCGCCUGCAGCAGUAGCAACAGCGGCGGCGGCACCACCGACGCCGCGGGCACCAACGGAUUGCAGCAGCGGCCGCAGCAGCCUCAGACCGCGGCCACCGCGCCGGCUCAGCCGCCGCCGGAGCCCCCCAGGAAGCCGCGCAUGGACCCGCGGCGCCGACAGGCUGCUCUCUCCUUCCUCACCAACAUCUCGCUGGACGGCCGGCCGCCGCUGCAGGACGAGGAGUGGGGCGGCGGCGAGGAGAGCGGCGCGGCCAAGUCCGGCGCGGGCAGCGCCUGCGGCGCGAGGACUCGGCUCAGCGUGCUCGCCGUAGCGGAGCGGGGAGGCUGCACCGCGCUCGCGGCGGCGGCGGGCACGGCGGCGGCGCUGGCAGCUGGCUCCGGUUCCUGCCUCCCGCAACCCUCGCCGCUGCCGGCCCUGGUCCCCGGCGGCCACGCGUCUGUUCCGGGCCUCGGGGUGGCCCGGGGGUUCGCAAGCCCCCUGGGCGCGGGCCGGGCGUCGGGGGAGCAGUUGCAGCCGCCCCGGUCGGCGCCUCUCGCCGCCUGCGCUCAGCUGCAGCUACCAGACGGGCAGGAGGAGUUGGAGGAGGACGAUGCCUUUACCAGCGUGCAGGUGCCGGCUGCCGCCUUCCUGGGCUCCGGGACCCCCGGGAGUGGGAGCGGCAGUCGGGGCCGCCUCAACUCGUUCACUCAGGGAAUCCUGCCCAUCGCCUUCUCCAGGCAGACCUCGCAGAACUACUGCUCCCUGGAGCAGCCGGGCCAGGGGGGCAGCACCAGCGCCUUCGAACAGCUGCAGAGGUCCCGACGUCGCCUCAUCUCUCAGAGAUCAUCCUUGGAGACCCUGGAAGAUAUUGAAGAGAAUGCCCCUCUACGGAGAUGUCGAACUCUCUCAGGUUCGCCCAGGCCAAAGAACUUCAAGAAGAUUCAUUUUAUCAAGAAUAUGCGGCAACACGACACCAGGAAUGGCAGAAUAGUCCUUAUCAGUGGCAGAAGAUCCUUCUGUAGUAUAUUUUCAGUGCUGCCGUAUCGCGACAGUGCCCACGUUGGGGAUUUGAAGUUGGAAGGAGGGAGACAAUCAACAGGUGCCGUGAGCUUAAAAGAGAUCAUUGGCCUUGAAGGUGUGGAGCUGGGAGCUGACGGGAAGACUGUUUCUUAUACCCAAUUUCUGUUACCCACAAAUGCCUUCGGAACCCGGAGAAAUACCAUUGACUCCACCUCCUCCGUCUCCCAGUUCCGUAACCUGAGCCACCGCAGCCUCUCCAUAGGACGGGCGAGCAGCACCCAGGGGAGCCUUGACACAGGCAGUGACCUGGGAGACUUUCUGGACUACGACCCGAAUCUCCUGGAUGACCCCCAGUGGCCUUGUGGCAAGCACAAACGAGUUCUGAUCUUUCCUUCGUACAUGACCACAGUAAUCGACUACGUGAAGCCCUCAGAUCUCAAGAAGGACAUGAAUGAGACCUUCAAGGAGAAGUUUCCUCACAUUAAAUUAACACUCAGCAAAAUCAGGAGUCUGAAGCGAGAGAUGCGGAAGCUGGCCCAGGAGGACUGUGGCUUCGAGGAGCCCACGGUAGCCAUGGCCUUUGUCUACUUUGAGAAGCUCGCCCUCAAAGGAAAGCUAAACAAACAGAACCGGAAGCUUUGUGCUGGAGCAUGUGUGCUGUUAGCAGCCAAAAUCGGAAGUGACCUCAAAAAGCAUGAAGUCAAGCAUUUAAUUGAUAAACUGGAAGAGAAGUUCCGGCUGAAUAGACGAGAACUGAUUGCCUUUGAAUUCCCAGUGUUAGUGGCCUUGGAAUUUGCCCUUCAUUUGCCAGAGCACGAAGUCAUGCCCCAUUACAGACGUCUGAUCCAGAGCUCCUAGCACAGGCCCCCUUGGAGGGCCAGGGACCAUUUCUUCUGAACCCGGUGGAGCAGCGCUUACUACUGGAAAUGCAAAAAUAGAACUCAACAUACGAAAUUUUUUUCCUCUCAACAUGUUUUUGUGUAGAAGCAGUACUGGAAACUUUUCAGGGAAUCUUCAGUCUGGCUAGCUGCGAUGAGGUGUGAGCUGUUUACUAUCAGUGAGGGAAGGAGAGACCUGUACAGAAGACAGCAGACGCCCUUCCAGCUCUCCACUAGCAAGAGUGAUUAGCUGUCUCCUCCCCAGUCUUCCUGCUGGGCACACACAAACCUUGCAAGCGUGGUCCAGGGCCUUCUCUCCAAACCUGCUCCAACUCAGACUGUGAAGUUCUAGAGUGGAGAGGGGAAGAGAAUUUGCAGAAGUUGGGGGAAAGCUUUUAAAAGAUUCCCUCACUGAGUCAAAAGAGCGUGCCAAUCUAUUUUUGUAUCAGCUGUUGAAGUGCACUUUCUCCUGGGGCGGGUGGAUGAGUGAGUGUGACAGUGUGUGUGUGUCAGAGAGAUCUCAUCAGCCCUCAACCCCCAAAGCCAGCCCCGCCCUCUGUAGAGCAGACCUCAGCCUGGGGUCAUGAGCCAGGCUGACCUUCGGCAAUUAUUUCUAGAUAAUCUCUGGAUAACAAUCACUCUCUCUGUACCAGAUUGUUUGACAUCCUCUGCCCUUAGAAAAGGACAUUGUUUCUGUUACUGCUCCUGCCACCCAUGAGACAAAGAAGACAAGUUCUUGGUGUCGGACGGGUCCGUGGAAAGGCGUGGGGUGUGGCGCUCCGUACCUGUCUGCCAUCACACCAUGUGCAUAUAUUUGACCUUCGCACUUUUUCCACUGUGGAGACCUCUGGGGUUAUGCUCGUUGGUGUGUAUGUAUUCCUGUGCUCUAUGUUAGAGUGCAUAAUAAGCACAUUUAUUGUGCUAUGUAUAUAUGUGUAUAUAUAAAGCAUUUUAUAAAAAUCCAGACUAGGGGUAAGACACAGGAUUGGUGUUUUGAGACUUUACAGCUGAGACAAACUGCAUCUUGAGCUGAGGUUGUUUCCACUGAUAGAGGCAGCAACUCUCACCACCACCACGUACCCAGGGCCAUUAGUGCAGAAUUUGAAUUGUGACUUGUACUGACUCACUGGAGCCACCUGUACUGAGGCACAUGACCAUGCCAUCACCUCAUAGCUGCAAAAGACAAGUGCCCACUGGGGUUCACCUGACUGAAGAAAGCCUGUGGCCAUGUAAAAAGAGAAUUAAAAUAUUUUGUUGUUUUUAUAUA